CGACCAUUAAUCAGCUGCCUGUUCGUGUUUGCCCACUCAACCGCAAAGUGGACGGCGCCGGGCCGAGCGCAGCGCCGCUUCUCGCCAUGGACGGCAUGGAGUUCUUCUUCGAGGAAUCUGCAUCAGGGUUCGUGCCGUGGGUGACAACGGAGAUCUCUUUAGGGGUCUGCGUGUCAUCGAGCAACCAACUGAAGGCGGUACAAGCGGAACAGAGGAUGCAGAGGAGGGCCUGAUUUCAUCUAUGCGCAUUGAACAGGGCGAAGGCGACAUGCAUACUCUUGGCGACGAAGGGAUGGGCGACUCAUGCGAGACAGGCGGCACAGAUACAGUCCAUAAUGCCGUGUCCCAGGAUGCAGACGAAGAUGGUGUUGGAGUGUCAAGUGCAAAACAAUCUUCUUGGACCAGGAGGGUCAGAGUUCCAAAAGCGGCGGAUGAGAGAGAGCCCAUCCCAUCAAGGAUGCCUGCCCUUGAAGCUUCUAUCCGUGCAUUUGUCAACAAAAAGUCCAAAAAUGUUAUCAAUCCGUCUAUUGGAACUAGUUUCGAUUCAGUCGAAGAGGGCUACGAGUUUUACAAUCUUUAUUCAUGGGAGGUUGGUUUUGGUGUGCGCUAUGCAAAAAGCCGUUUGAAUGUACACCGGAAGAAGUGCAUGCAGGAGAUAGUUUGCGCUUGUGCGGGUAAACCGUUGCAAGCCAACAGCCGGUCAACGAGGUGUUGAUGAGCGAUGAGAAGGUGGACACCUUCAAGUGGAUAUUCACAGAGUUUUUCCAAAUGCUCGCAGUACCACAACCAAAAACUAUAUUGACAGGUAAUACGAGUUCCAGAUACAGAAAGAACUAAAAAAAACUUGUUAGGUUCCUUACUGUCCAUAAUUGAGUUGAUAUUGCUUGAUUUUCUGGUGACUGCGAUAGAUCAAGCUCGUGCGAUGGAAAUUGCAAUAGUUGACGUCAUGCCAUGGACCGCACAUCGGUGGUGCAAAUGGCACGUCCUGAAUAAGGCAAAAGAGAGCCUUGGGGCGCUUCUUGCAAGCUAGUCCACCAUGUGGUUAGUAUUGAUGAAUUUGAGAAGGGAUGGGCAUGCAUGAUUGAGAAGUAUGAUUGAGAAGUAUGAACAACCUUCGAAGAGGAGCAGAUUCUGUUCCAUAUGUAGAAUUCAGGGUCACAAGAGCACAACACGUCCUGCUAGGGGUGAUGUGCCAAAGGCACCUAGGAAAUCUCCUCGCUGCUCAAAAUGUGGAUUGACAGGGCACAGGAAGAACACGUGCAGCAACCCACCUAAAGUCUGAGUAGAAAUCUUAAUUUUGUUCUUUGUUAUAACAAAUAAUAUGGAUUUGCUGCGUGUGACGCCGUUUUAGUACAACCGGUGUGUUGUUUGUGUGAAGCAUCAAGUAGCUGCCGUGAAAAACUGUGUGCAAUUGAGCAUUUCUUGGUGUCACCUGAUUAAUCACAUCAUUUUAUUUGCCUCGUGGUCUACCUGGGCUUUAGCCCG